GGGGAGGAAAUGCUGCCUACCACUCCAACUGAUUCUGCUCCGUCUCGAACUGGUGCUCUUCGAACUGGAGCCACCAGUCUGUGGUCCAACGUCACAAAAACAGCCUCCUCUGUGCUAACUUCUCGAGCAUCUUCGAUUGAUUCCACUACCGCCGCCACCUCCGUUGAACAACCUACAAAUUCACAUUCCACUGCUCACCAGACGGGCUCCCUCGCAUCCUCCCAAGCGCUGUCAUCACAUACAGCUCCUCAUGACGUCUACUCCGCCCUCCCACCUCUCACCGAUGGUUCCGUGUUCGAUUCCGCCCUACCAACUGAUGAUUGGGGUCUUCCCUUGGCUCUUUUCUCUCGGUCUUACCUAUUGCUUCCUUACAUUCCCCUCCAUGCCCUGGACAUACUUCUGGAACUUCGACGACCCUCCGAAGGUGACAUCACUCCCGAUCCCCUCGCCAUCUACAGUCGUCGUGUUAGGGGAUUUCUCUGCGGCACCACAAAUCCCCUCCUGAGCCAAAACACCCGAUUGGCUGAAGUCAUUGUCCACACUCUCCCUUUCCCCUCUACGGAGGCCUCCAAAGUGAUGGGUGGCGGAGAUUUCGCUCAACAGGCGGAUGGGCAAAGUGUGGACUCCUCAGGGGAUUUGGAGGCGGAAUCUACAGACUCCGGCCAAAGAUUGGGAAUGUCAUCUGAUUCCCAUUCCUCUAAUCGGACUGGGGGUGUUCUUUCCCGGUUACUGGCUGCUGCUGCUGCUGCUGCUAUGAUACUAUCCGGAGCUCAUUUAGGUUUACUGUGGCUUUAG